AAUUACGUUCAUCGUAUCACUUCGCACGGUGGCUGUUUGUUUCCUUUUUAUCAUCAGUUCGCCAUGGAUGUUCUCAGCGUACUGAAGUGUCGUUUGGAAAUUGUAGAUGAUUCGGUUUCCUCUAAGGAACUGGUAGAUCGGGUCGUAGCGCUAGGACCACGAGAGGAGCCACUGCAUUUGGUUGAGUUGGACACGGUUGUGAAACGGCAUUACGACUGGAUACGGCAUCUGCCGAGGGUACGUCCCUUUUAUGCCAUCAAGAGCAACAACGAGGCUUCGAUUGUUGAAACUACGCUUCUGCUGGGCUGUGGAUACGAUUGUGCAUCGAAGGCUGAAUGCCAACGGGUUCUAGGGUUUGGGGUGGAUCGUGAGCGCAUUAUAUUUAAUCAGCCUGCCAAAACUAUUGAAUCUUUAGAAUAUGCCAGGGAAAAAAGAUUACGAACCGUGUUUGACAGCGAAUUUGAGCUGCGGAAAAUUCACCAAUACUAUUCGGAUGCGGAGGUUCUAAUUCGUUUCCGUUUUGUUUUGCCAAAAACAAAAGCAACUCUCGGUGUAAAGUUCGGUUGCAAUCCAAACAGGGAAGCCCGUGAACUUUUGGAUCUGGCCAAAGAACUCGGAAUCAAUGUGAUCGGUUGGUGUGUUAAUGUUGGAGCGGGUUGCGAACAUCCCGAAAUCUUCUACGGAGCCAUCGAAGCGGGUCGGAGGAUUACCGAUUAUGCCAGCUCGCUAGGAUUCUCUUUCAAUUAUAUUGAUUUGGGCGGGGGAUUUCAUGGGGACAAAGAUUCCAACAACGUCCCGAUUUACGCCGCCCAUAUCAACCGGGCGUUGGAGGAGUUCUUUCCGGACGAACAAAGAUGGACUAUCAUAGCGGAACCUGGUCGAUAUUACACAGCAGCCUGUAUGUGUUCGGUGAUACCGGUGCACGGGAAGAGAGUUUUUCGAAGUGCUGAUAACCCAGCUCUUAUCGAGAAAGUAUAUUACUACUUCAACGACGGAAUUUACGGCACGUUCUACAGUGCUAAGUAUCACGACCAGCCGGUUAAGCCGAUCAUCUGGAAGAAACGCAGUGAUUGCGGGCCUGAGUACAAUACUUUCUUCUACGGACCAACUUGUGAUGGGAAUGAUGUCUUUGCAGCGGACAUUUCAUUGCCGGAGCUGAACAUCUCGGAUUACGUUGUGUUCGAAAAUCUAGGAGCAUACACGAAGGUUUACUCCUGCAGAUUCAAUGGGUUCUGUUUGCCUAGAUCUAUUGUCUUCAUAAGAAAGAGUGUAUGGGAUCUUCUACAGUCAAUUUCUUUGGUUGACAAUCCGGAUCUUUUAAUACGGGAAUCGCAAUAUUUGCACAGCAACAAUAAACUUGAAGAAUUGACGUUCGAGUGACGUUUAUUGAUAGCGAGCAUUAAGCAGCAUUAUUAGAUAGCCUCUAUUAUAUGAAUGAUAGAUAAGGGACUAUAGCCCUCAAUUCCUCCAUUUGCUGAUAGAUGAAAAAAUCUAUU